UUCGGUUUCUUUUUUCAAACAUAGUAGGUUCUGAUUGAAUUAUCCGGCUUGGGUAAUAUAGAUAUAUAUUUUACAACUGGCGCUGUUGUUUGUUGGGGGAACAUGAUAAGUUUUGAUGGCAUUCUACGAUACUUGGCCAAAGGUAGACCCUAUCAUCGUACUGGUGAUCUUAUGUCUGAUCGUGUUAGUUGACCGAAUAUGGGAAAUGAUACUCACCAAGAGACAGCAAUUGGUAUGCCUGAACGCGAUUAUGGUGCCUGAGGAGCUGAGAGGAAUCAUUCCGCCGGAAAUUUACCAUCGUGCUCGUAUCUAUGAGCUGCACAAAACGGAGCUACAGCUCUGGAAGUACAUCAUUGACUUGAUAAUUUCGCUGUGUGAGCUGCUCUUGGGCUUCUAUCCCUUCCUCUGGAGCCUGGCUACCAUGUCUCUGCAAAGAGUCACCGCCGAGGAAGUCUGGAUCAGCAUGAUCUUCGUGUUCUACCUGACCAUCUACAUCUGUCUGAGGUUCCUGCCGGUGCUGAUCUACGACAAGUGCCUGCUGGAGCUGCGUUACGGAAUGUCAGGAAAGUUUCCUUGGUACCUCUACUGCUGCAUUGGCCUCCUGGCCAUUGUUCUGAGCCAGCUCGUCCUGAUCCCGUUGGCGGCGGCCAUUGUGAUGAGCGUAAAGUUCAUCGGCUACUACUUCUUCCUGUGGUUCUGGCUCUUCUGGGCCAUCUUGACCCUGCUGCUGGUCUUCUUUCUGCCCUACUGCUGUAUUCCGUGCAUUGGACGACAGGUUGUUCUGCCGGAGGGCACUGCCCUCUAUACGGAGGUGAAGCGUGUCUGCGAUGUGGUUGGCUUCCCUAUGAAUCGUGUAUUUAUUAUCAAGACGCGGACAAUGCAGUAUAGUAAUGCCUACUUCUAUGGGAGCUGCUGUCUCAAGAGGAUUGUGAUCUUUGACACCUUGCUGCUGAACAAGGGAAAGGACACCAGUGAGAUCCAGCCCUAUGAGGUGGGCAGGGGCCUGACCAACAUGCAGGUGGCGGGCGUGGUUUGCCACGAGUUGGGUCACUGGAAGCACGGACAUUUCUACAAGGCCACGAUCAUCAUGAAGAUUCACUUCUUCCUCACCAUGGGACUCUUUGGAUUGUUCUUUCACUGCCCGCAGCUGUACAUGGCAGUGGGUUUCGCACCCGGCGUUAUGCCCAUUAUCGUGGGAUUCAUCAUUGUCCUGAGAUUCGCUCUGACUCCAUAUCUUACGCUGGCCAAUGUCCUCAUGCUGUGGAAUCUACGUCGCUUCGAGUAUGCCGCCGAUAGCUUUGCCCAUCGCAUGGGGUACUCCAUCCAACUGAGGUUGGCCCUGAUCAAGAUUUAUGCAGAUCAUAUGAGUUUCCCGGUCUACGACAACUGCUAUGCCUGCUGGCAUCACACUCAUCCCACUAUUCUUCAGAGACUGGCUUACCAGCAGAAAUUGGACAUGAAAGCCAUAAAAGCUGGAAACAGCUAGUAGUCUCCGACUGUUAGUUCUCUUUUCUAUGUACGUUUUUCGAGAUAUCCCCAAAAAAAUUUCCAGUAUGACUCGAAAACAAAUUGCCACGCCCCGCUGUGGGACUAUUACCAAAUUGGUUGUCAGCAUCAGCAGUGGGUGAGUUACGAAUAUCUAUAGAGGAAGCGAAAUAAAGUGGAGGAUCAAUCACGGGAAAUCCUCAAGCUCUGAUGUGACCCUCCGCAUUUCUUCUCUUCUGUCCUGUCCACCUAAUCUCUUUCAUGUGAAUAAAAUUGUAAUUGUUAAAAAGUAUACCGAAAUAUAAUACCAUAGAGGUGUUUGAGUAUAGCUUGAGGUUUUUUAAAAUUUU